AUGGGUGAUACCGAUAACGACGUCGCCCGACACAAGUCAAUCAAUCGCAGUCCUUCGGUUGCACCACCGAGUAUGCGGAAUGGGAUGGGUAACGCUGGUUCAGUGACUCCUCCGGACUUGGAACAGAAGGUAGGGAGACUCGCUGAUUUGUUACCUCAUGCGGACAGGAAGGUCUUGGAAGGCUAUUUACGAAGAGCGGGAGGUAUGGAUAUGGUUGCUAUUGGGCGAUAUCUUGAUGACGAAAAGAACGGGCUAUUAAUACGAGAUUGA